AUGACCGCGAGCAGUAGAGGAAGCCAGGCUGCGGCCUCUUUGAUACGUAUACACCCCCGGGUCUGCUCCGACUGCAUCAACCACAUCUCUCGACCAACCCAAAGAUCCUAUGCUACUGAGGCGGCGUCCCUCAAACCUCUUGAUGGACCUCAAGUUACCCGCCCAAGCAACCUCCCGCCCGUAACUUCGCACCCCGGACCCGCCGAAUACAUAACCAAGUCCGGAAUUCUCCUUUCGCGCCCUCCCCUCCUUACCAGGCCCCCUACCUCUUUCGAGAAGGCCUUCUUCUUCUACCAGAAGCGUCUCAAUGAGCGACUUGUCAUGCCUUUCUCCCGUUAUUUUUACUUCAAGAAAGACACGCCUGCGGACACAGACUGGAAGAUCAAGGCCCGGGAACGCAACUGGCAACCUGCACGCGAGCUUGGGGGGUAUAGUCCUUACGGCCCCGAGGCUUGGAAUGAUGAGUUGCUGGUCGGGGAUAAACUCAGUGAGACGAGCACCAUCAUGGAAGCUCUGGUGAAGGAUGGGCAGGUACGGGCAGUCGAAGGAAAAGAUGGGAAAGCGCAGGAGGCUAGGGAGGAGGAGAAGGGGAAGGUAGAGAAGCCGUUGGGUAGAAUCACAGAGGCGGAUAAGACGAACGACCAAAAGAGACUGGAUCGGAAGUUGAACAGGACAUUGUACUUGUGUGUCAAAAGAGAGAAUGGGGGUUGGGGUCUCCCAUCUGGUGCGCUUGAGGGGAGGGAGAACUUGCAUCAGGCAGCAGAGCGUGUCCUCGUUCAAACAGCUGGCGUCAACAUGAACACCUGGAUCGUCGGACACGUACCUGUGGGACACCAUAUUCUACAACCCUACUAUGUGGAUGGUAAGCUGGAGAGGCCAGGCGAGAGGACAUUCUUCAUGAAAGGGAGGAUUAUGGCUGGUCAAGCGAAUCUGAAGGGGAACCUGUUCGGUUUGAGCGAUUUCAAGUGGUUGACGAAACAGGAGCUUGAAGACCAUGUCAGGCCUAAAUACUUUAGCGCCAUCAGGAAUAUGUUGGCUGAGCGAUGA